ACGACUCAGCCGGACCCCAAGUUUUGAACAAGACGAGCUCCGCUGCUAGAGGUCACUUACAAUAGACCUCCCGCAGCAAACUACUCUUACGGCAGCACGUCGCCACUGAUGUCACACAGAGGCCUGCUGCACAACAACUCGCUGACCGGCGACCACGACCGAGACCUGACACCGUCAAGAAUAUCGCACUGCAGCGACUACUCGACCAGCUCGAGCAGCGGUGGUUGCGGAGUGCCCGCCGACAGCAGUAGCGAGACAUCAGAAGGCGAGUUCGCCAAGACACCUGGAGGAUCGCGGAAGUGCUCGCCGCAAAAGAUCUCCAAGACAGGCAACAUCACACCGCAGCCGGGCGAAUUCGGAAGCACCAACGGCACCUCCCCGUGGAAGAUGGCGCCGCCAGAACGACCCGACCCGGCGGGAGGACGUUCACACGACGUCAUCGUCAUCGACAGCAGCGCCGCGUCGGCCGACGAGAGCUACGCAUCGUCCGCUUCGCCUCCACCUCUCCCGCCAAGACGAACGGAAC